CUUCGUCUCUUCCACUCUUCCUCUCGCCUCGCUCUGACGCUCCCCGUCUCCUCCUCCUCGUCGUCCUUUGCUCCGCCUUCGCCGCCGCCCGCGAAGCUUCGGGCCGCCGCCGGAUGGUGGGGAAGCAAGGUGGUGGCGGAGAUGGGCGCGAGGAGGAUGGCGCCAAGGUCGGCCUCCCGGCGCUGGAUAUCCUGCUCGCGUUCCCCCAGGCCACGCCGGCAUCCAUCUUCCCGCCCUCCGCAUCAGACUAUUAUCAGAUUGAUGAUUUGCUAACCACUGGAGAACAGUCUAUCAGGAAGAAGGUCAGGGCUAUAAUGGAGAAAGAAAUUGCACCCAUUAUGGCAGUGUACUGGGAGAAAGCAGAGUUUCCAUUUCGUGCCAUUCCUAAACUUUCAAGCCUUGGUGUAGCUGGAGGUACAAUAAAGGGAUAUGGGUGCCCAGGACUUUCAAUAACAGCAAGUGCUGUUACUAUGGCCGAAAUCGCACGCGUAGAUGCAAGCUGCUCCACAUUCAUUCUGGUACACUCCUCCCUUGCAAUGGUCACGAUAGCUCUUUGUGGAUCUGAGGUUCAGAAGCAGAAGUACCUGCCAUCCCUUGCUCAACUUACCACUGUUGGUUGCUGGGCACUGACAGAACCAAAUCAUGGAAGCGAUGCAAGCUCCUUGAUAACCACAGCAACCAAGGUACCUGGUGGUUGGCACAUAGAUGGACAAAAACGCUGGAUUGGUAACAGUACUUUUGCUGAUGUGCUCGUGGUAUUAGCUAGGAACGCAGAUACAAAACAACUAAAUGGAUUUAUUGUGAGGAAAGGUGCUCCUGGCUUGAAAGCUACAAAGAUUGAGAAUAAAAUUGGUCUCAGAAUGGUUCAGAAUGGUGACAUAGUUUUUAAUAAAGUAUUUGUCCCUGAGGAAGAUCGAUUGCCAGGUGUUAAUUCAUUUCAGGAUAUAAGCAAGGUCCUCGCAAUUUCACGUGUCAUGGUGGCAUGGCAACCGAUUGGUAUAUCAAUGGGGGUGUUUGAUGUGUGCCAUCGGUAUCUGAAAGAAAGGAAACAGUUUGGAGUUCCUCUAGCAGCUUUUCAGCUAAACCAAGAAAAACUUGUACGUAUGCUUGGUAACAUCCAAGCGAUGCUUCUUGUUGGUUGGCGCCUAUGCAAGCUUUAUGAGUCGGGGAAAAUGACACCAGGGCAUGCUAGUUUAGGGAAGGGUUGGACAUCCAGAAUGGCUCGUGAGGUGGUUUCUCUUGGUCGAGAGUUGUUGGGCGGGAAUGGAAUUUUGGCUGAUUUUCUAGUUGCAAAGGCAUUCUGUGACCUGGAGCCAAUAUACUCUUAUGAAGGCACAUAUGACAUCAACAGCCUGGUGACUGGUAGAGAAAUAACAGGGAUCGCAAGCUUCAAACCUGCCGCAUUAGCAAAAGCUCGGUUGUAAUCAUCAUUUUCAAAGGCUAAAGCUACAAGUAUCUCACUGCAGUUUAUUCUCAGCUUGCUACUACAGGAAGCAAAUAAAAAUCAGGUCCCCAUGCACCGAUGAUUGGCCGGCUAAUGCAGCACUGCAGCCUGGUGCAGACCAGAUAGACUCCUUGGAAAAUAGCCAGACAAUUCUCUGGUCAAUCUUGGCUGGCUAGCUGUCUAUGCUGUACGAGAGGAUAUCUGACGAAUCGCCUAAUGGAAUCGUGUCCGGUGGAGGACAGCGUAAAUAAAAGUUCCGCCCUGUAUGCCAAAUCUUUGGCAUUUAACUUACAUUGUGAGCGUUGUAAAAUCUGAAUAAAGGUCGAGAACAUGCGUACCGAAUUUUACCUCUUUUACCCUGCACUGCGGCUGUUCUUUGGUUUGUUUACCUGAAACAUGAUGGUUGCUUGAUUGUUUGCCUUACUCUGUCAACGGAAUAUCUCGCCUAAUCUUUUCACUUAUACAUAUA